UCAUUAGAGGAGGGCAGUGUGUGUGACGUACUGACGGACCCCCCAGGGCCGGAGGACGAGGACAGGAGGGAGCUCUUUGAGUUUGAGUUCUCCGACCGACCCCUCCUCCCCUGCUACAACAUCCAGGUGUCCCUGUCGCAGGGGUGAGUACAAACACACAUAGAUCAAUCUGAUUGGAUAGAAGGAGUGGAAGAGGGAAGGAGGAAUACAGAGUGGUACAGAAUAAGAGAGAGAGAGAGUUUGAUGAAAGUUACAGUUAAACCAAGACCAUUUAUUCAACUAUUUUGUGUGAUUCCCUGUGGUGCCUUAUCUAACCCUCUCUCACCCGCUCCCUUCUCCUCCUCAGGCCCAGGAACUGGCUUCUCUUCUCAGAUGUUCUCCAGCGGCUGCGGAUGUCUGCCCGUUCCUUCCGCUCCUCCUUCCCCCACAUGGAGGUGGUGACGAUGGCCGAGGCAGAGUUUUACCGCCAGGCAUCUCUUUCCCAGCUCUUCUCCUGCCCAGACGAGCUGGAGGGCUUCCAGCCAGACAGCAAGGAGCUUCUGGACCUGGUGGAGGGGAGUGCUGAGCUGGCCGCUCUGCUGGGUUCCACCCUGGAGUGCCUGGACGAACGCUGGGACGAACUCUCGGAGGCUAAUGAUAAUGUUGACGCUAAGGCUAAUGUCAAUGGGAACAUUAGGGCAAUGGCUAAUGCUAACAGUAUCAUUAACGCUAAGGCUAAUGUCAAUGGGAACAUUAGGGCUAUGGCUAAAGGUAACAUUAGUGCUAAGACUAAUGGUAGCGCUCAUGUUAAAGCUAAGGCUAACGCUAACAGGAGGUCG